AUGGGCCAGAACAGUGAUUCCUCUGAGAGGGAGUACCAGCGGAUCAUAAAGAAGUUUCCGUCUUUGAAGCCAUACAAGGACUCCAAGCGGAUGGUAGUCCUCCUGGAUCAAGUGGGCGCCAAAGAGACUGAAUUUAAAAAAGUCUUGAAAGAUGAGGGCGUGACAGACCUUUGGAUACCUCUGGAACAUAAGUUCGGGAGAUUUUUCCUGGAGCCUGGCUCUCUAAGCAAGUGGCGAAAGCAGCAAAGUGACUUACUAUCAACGACAUUUGAUUUCGAGCCUUCUCCUGGGCUGAAGUCGAUACCCCCACACUACAACCUGAGUUCGACGUCCUGUGGUGACUUGGGCUAUCCGAGUAACCUUGAUAUUGGCGACACACUUGGUACUACAAAGUCAGCAGCUGUGGUUCAAGUAAGCGUUAAGGGUAAAGAGAAGGUUCCUCUGGCUCAAAAGAUAAUUUAUCGCAAACAUGAGCUUCAAGAAGAAACCAAACAAAUGCGACGCAUUCUAGGAGAGAUACGAGCGUUGAAAAAGUUGCGACACAGACACUAUGUUCAACUCAUUGCUAGCUACACGACCGAACAACAGGUUGGCAUCGUCAUGAGCCCAGUCGCUGAUUGCGACCUCCACAGUUUUCUUGAAUCGUUCGAGAGCAUGAAGGCUCUGAGCAGCCUGAAGGAUUUCAAGGCGCUGCAGGACAAGCAGAACCAAUUGGCUCGAUUCUUUGGCUGCCUUGCCCAGGCCGUGGCUAAUCUCCACUGCAGAUACGGCAUCCGCCAUAGAGACAUCAAGCCCAAAAACAUAUUGGUCCGUGGCGACCAAGUCUUGCUGGCUGACUUUGGCAUUGCUCUCGACUGGUCUGACACUGGGGAAACCACGACUUACUCAAAAGAGGGCAUGAAGGAUCCGGCAUACUGCGCACCAGAAGUAUAUCAUGGAAAGAGAAAGGGUACCAAGUCAGAUAUCUGGUCAUUAGGGUGCGUUUUCCUCGAGAUGGCCCUUGUCUUGGAGGGUCUACCAAGAGAUGAUGUGAAGGAAACCCUCAACCGAGGCUUCUACUGGGAGGAUAUUGGCGCCAUUCAAGACAGAAUUAAAGAGAUACAGAGAUUUCGUUCCCAAUGGAAUCACGAGCCAUUGGAAUGGGUCCAGAACAUGGUGCGAGAAGACAGAGAUAGCCGAUGGAAAGCAGCAGAUGUUGUCAGAGCUGUCAUCGAGUCUCCACUCCAGCGCUUUGCAGCCCAUUGUUGCCACGUCUGGAGGGAACCUGAGUUGUCGGAAGAUGAGGAUCUUCAAGAGUACCGUGACGAAGAGGAGAUUGAGCAGUUCGCUUUCAUCUACGACCAAUUUUCCAGGCAUGUCAAAGUCAGGAUGAUUGAGGACUCGAAAUACUUUUCGAAUUGGAUUUCAAGCAAAAUCGUUGACCGGUACAAAAUGGAGACUUGGAGCACAAAAAGUUCCCGAAAGAUUGAAGUGGACAAACACACGAUUCACUCCAAACGUCUCGUACGACUUGAUUGGCGAAAGCCGGGAGGACCAACCCGAGAGGAGGAAUUCUUUGUUGCUGAGCUGCCAGAUACAAUCGAGAUGAUUGUAGGUGUGGACAUUUGA